AACUAAGAUCACAUCAAUAUGGCGGUAUUUGUUUGUUUUGUAGGCUUUAUUUUGUUUGCAUCAUUUAAAAAAUAUCGUAUUCAUGGAUAUUGCUGAUGUAUUUUAAGAAAUCGAGAAGGUCCUCACAACUAAACGUACUUUUCAAUAAAUUGAGAAGAUAUAUUUUAAUAAAAUCCCUUUUCCAAAAAAAGGGCAAAUUCGAUGAUGAUGAUGAUGAUGAUGAUGAUGAUGAUGAUGAUGAUGAUGAUGAUGAUGAUUUUUUAAUUACUAUUAUUAAUAAACAAUGGCUAUCAUUAAUUCAUUAGAAAAAAAUGUAUACCUCUACAAGUUUUGGAGUGUUCAGAAAAAAUCACGUUAUCAGGUGAUGUAUUUUUUAAACUAAUAAACCGUGUAAAACGUUUAGGCAUAUUUUUGGGGUCAUAACAAGCAUGUGUCUCUACUUUUUGACAGUUUGAGUCUAAAAUCGGCAAAGCGCUACAUCCCAUCAACGCUGGAAGUCGUGUCGGAGUGCUGGUGGACUCAUCAAAAGACCUUCACCUUUAUAUCAACGGACAAGACCAGGGAGUGGCAGCUAAAGAUGUCCCUUGGCCCUGCUUUGCAGUCUUUGAACUUGAUAUCAGUAAGAUAACAGCCCUUAACACAUCUAGGAAGACAUAAAGCUGAUGAAAAUGACAACAGCGAUGAUACUUAUAAGACUAAGGAGGGCUACAGCGACAAUUUUGUUUUAAGCAAAACGCUUAAAAAAGUAGCAAAAAUUGAUUUAUUACUUUUUCUUUGCGUGUUAUUUUUUUAUUGUUUGUCUAAUAAGAAAAAUACUUAGAUGGUUGCAAAGAAUAACUGUUUCUUGAUACUAUAAGUACACAUGCUUAUGUCGAAGCCUUCUUCAGCCAAUCAAUUAAAAAUUUUGUGAGCAUUUCUUUUUAUAAUAUAUGAAUAUAGGAAUAAUCUAAACGUUUGUAUUUUUGUGUGCAAAUUGAUGAAGAAAGCAUCAUUGAUCAUAUUUUGUAAUACUUUAUAAUGUUAUUCAUAUUUUACUUACGUAAUUGUUGUCUUUAAAAUUUAUGGUUCUCCGUGACUUUAGUGCUUUAAGGGACAAAUAAAUUAUUCUAACAAAAAUACUUUCUCUUAAGAAUGUUCUUCUGUUAUGUAGCUUCAUACACCACAGAAUAUGCAUACGUUAGUUAUCAAAUGGAGCCAUAAAGAAGCCAUGUCCAUAACCAGAAACAAAUAUUGUUUAUUUUUCUUUACAUGCUAUAUUUACUAAAAUUUAUCACAAGUAGCAUCAUGUUAGGUUUGCAUUUUUUAUAUUCUUUUGGAAUUUCUGGUAUAAUUUCGAAAUUAUAAAGACUACCGCUGCUUGGGCUUCCGCCACAGUCUCGUUGUGUGAUGUUUACCCGAGACAUUCGACGAGCUCUCACUUCUAAUAAGGAAUUCAUGACUUUUGUCAAUGAUUGUUGACACUCCUCCACUAGUAUCUGAAUACGAUUGUAUGUUUUCUUGUUCAGUGGCAUCAGCUUUCAGCUCACGCACGUUCACCUCAACUAUUGUUUUAGAUAAGGUCAGUUUCUCCUCCAGAUCUCUCACUAUCGAACAUUCUCCGUGUUUCUUAGAACUACAAUAUGCUCAGGUACGAAGGUGAUGAUUAGCAAGUAACAACUCCGCCUGUUUGUCGCCGUGGUCAGACUCUCCACAUCGUCACUGCGGGUAGCUUCCAUCUUCUUGUGUAUCUUAGUAUAAGAGAGACUCAUCCUUUCAAAGAAGCACAUGCAGAUAAAUUUAUCUUCGACAUUAUCACACAAGCGAGCACUUUCUCCUAUCACUUUCAUCACAGAAUCUGUCGGCAGGGUGUCGGCUAAGAUUCGGGAUGAAUUAUCUUAAUGAUCUAUGAUGAUGAUGAUGUAGUGUUGUAGCGAGCUAGUAUCCGCAUCACAAAGAUAUAUCUACUAUAGGAUAUGCACACAAAGGACAUCCUGCGUUAGUUUAAGAGUACAUCUAGGGUAUGACACAUUCUCGACACAGGAGAUGACCACAGGGUAGAAUCUUUGGUGUUUUAAAGUCAUUUGUGCACACUAAACACUCUAUUUCGUGUGUAUCAACUACUUUCUCGAUAUUAAAGAGUAAAUCUGAUAGGGUAAAUAUCUUUCCGCUGUUAUUGUAAUCAUAACAAGGGACAAAAGAGGAAAAAAAAUUGACAAAAAUUAGUUAUAAAAUAAGAAUGCGUUAAGGUCUUAUAUUUACUUAGCACCAACUGUAUUGAAUCCGUCUCUCUUUGUGCCUACGUUUGUUUUUCUGUGCAACAGACUAGAAAACCAACAAACAAAAAAAUGAAGUUUAUGAAAAGGUUUAUCGAAAAUUGCUGCUAUAUUCCCGUUGUGAAAGCGUUUGAAGAACAGGCAGACUUCAGAGGAAAAUGUCUCAACGAAUUUAGGUUCAUUACAGUUUCGUAAUAAAGUAAACAAAAAUUCGGCAACUAAUAUAUAAGUUAAUUUAUUCAUACGCGCUUGUGUUGAUGUAUGUGUUUGUUUAUGUUUGUUUAUUUGCACGGGCACGUGGGUGUGCAUGCUCGUGGCUGUGUGGAUACACUUGUGAGUGCAUAUGAUAGUGUGUGUGUAUAAAAAUAGUUGGUCACAAAAUAUUUAUAUCUUCUUAGUUCUAUACCUGAGGUUGUUGUAGUCACUGCCCCAUAUAACACACAAAAAGUAAAAAUUUCCUUUCUUCUACUGUGCCCUAAGAGAUUCACACAUUCAUGUGCAGAAAAGACUUUAAUUUACAGCUCUGUACACAGUAUGAAGCUUUACAUUGACUUCAAAAAUAUCAAUUCUACUUUCGCUUUCAUUUUAAUGUUUAGGUAAACAUCUUUUACAUAGUUUAUUUAUUUUGAAGAUUGUGUAGUAGAAGGUAUUAAUAGUACUAGGAAGACAAGGAUGUGUUAAAUAUAGAAACCAGUCAUGCUUUAUUUGAAAAGUCGAUAAACAUGUACUUUCGGUUUCGUUUCUACUUUCGUUUGUGUGUUUAAUAAGCAAUUAUUUCUGUACAGUUUGAAUAGUAGUAAUAGAUUAAAGAGAUAAAGAACGACAUUGUGUCGAAUAUAUCUGUCAGUCUGUGCUGCUAAGUGUUCAGUUUAAACAACACUGUCUUUAAUGAUAUGUCUACAAGAUAUAGGAAACGGGAAUUCCUAGUUGCUACGGGCUACGUGUCAGUCCAGUGAGUUGUUUAUGUCAGACACACUGUCAGUGUUGUGCUGAGGUCGCUCGUAGGGUUUUUGUUUUGUGAGGCUGAUAACGAUUGCUUAUCUAAAGACAUUUUGUCAGCGAUACACCUGUAACUAGUGCGCAUCAUACAUUAAUCCAAAGGUGUAAGGUGUUGUCAAUUUUGAGUCAAGUGGGUCACGCCAUUUUGCAGCUUACUGGUUAAGGGAGAUCUUGUAAAACAUAAUGGACAAAUUACCGGGAAUGUUUUUGUGGACAAACAUGAUGUUCUUCUCAUCUCAGCUAAAAAGAGAAUUAAGAUUGAUCUUUCGUUAUGGCGACAUUAUUGCAACAACAUGACAGAGAGUGUGCCGUGUGCACGAAUGACUUCACCACACCAAAGAUUCUACCCUGUGGUCAUCUCCUGUGUCGAGAAUGUGUCAUUUCUUGGAUAAAAUCAAAAUCAGACGCUGGUUGUCCUCUGUGUACCUGUCCUAUAGUAGAGCAUCAAAUUAAUUCAUCUCCAAGUGCAGCCGAUGUUUGCAAUUCCCUGCCUACAGACUCUGUGAUGGAAGCGAUAGUACAAAGUGCUGGCAUGCUGGUGAGGGAUAAUAUGUGCACAGUAUGUGAUGACGUCACAGCUGAAUACAUCUGUAUGGAGUGUUUAGAAAAGAUGUGUCCAUCGUGUAUGAAGAUACACAAGAAGAUGGUAGCGACCCGCAGUCACGAUGUGGAGAGUGUCAGCACUGUGACACCUGAACGUCUGGCUGCCAGCCGCCCUGCACUGUGUGCUGACCACGGCGACAAACAGGUGGAACUAUUUUGCGCUGAUCACCGACUUGUUAUCUGUGGGUCGUGCUUUUCUAACAAACACAACGAAUGUCCAAACAUCAAACAUCUGGAUAAUGAAAUGAAUUUAGCGGAAAAAUCGCUCAAUUCAUUAACUGAGAAAUUGACUGAGGGGGGAAAUAACCUGAAGCAAGCGAUAGACAAUCUAAAUGCGCGCGUGCAAACAGCGGAUGUCACUGAAGAGCAAAACAUUUCGCUGGUGGACAAGACAUGUGACCGACUUCAUAAGAUGGUGGAGGAGUGUCGGAAACAAUUGAAACAACUGAUUAGUGAUUCUGUGUCAAAGUUCAAAAAAUCCUUGUGUGACGUCAAAAGCGAGCUGGACAAACGUUUAGGGAAAGUGACGUCACACAAACAUCUCGUGACGCGAGCAACAACAGUCAGACCGCGUCCCGCGCUGAUACACGCAGCCCAGACUCUGACAGACAGGGUCAACAGCCUUGACCUCAGUGAUGACCUGGUAGUAGAGCCUUGUGUGAAUCCAUCGCCAGAAAUAACGAAAUAUUGUGACGAUGUGGUGAAACGAAUAACGGCUGAGCUACAGACUAUGGAGCUACAUCGCGUUGAGGUUGAAAUAUCUACACAGGCACCAGUCCUAGUGUUCCACGAAAACUGCGGAAGACAUAUAGUUCUGAUGAACGGCCAAAAAACCGCGAGGAGAACUUGUAGAAGCUUUAGCGGCAACGGGAUGGUUUUGUCACGUGACGCUAUGGCUGUGAACAUCUUGUAUGAAGUCAGAAUAGACGAGACAGUUCAAGGAUAUUGUUUAUACGCUGGUGUCACGGGAAUCUCUCCAGCACAGUACAAUUUCAAGAAAGGGUUAUUUGACGUGAAAGACUCCAUCAUUAUUGGGAAUGGAGAAGUCUACUGCAAGGGUGUUUGGUUUGAGUCUGAUAUCGGCAAUGCGCUAAAUUCUAUCACCGUUGGAAGUCGUGUCGGAGUGCUGGUGGACUUAUCAAAAACCUUCACCUUUAUGUCGACGGACACGACAAGGGUGUGGCAGCUCAAGAUGUCCCUUGGCCCUGCUUUGCCGUCUUUUAUCUUGAUGACAUUCAGGUGACAGCCCUUGACACAUCUAGGAAGACAUGAAUCUUAUGAAAAUAACAACAACGAUAAUAUUUAUGAGACUGAGGAGGACUACAGAGACAAUUUUGUUUUAUGCAAAACGCUUACAAAAAACAUAAACUUAUUUAUUAUUUUUUGUUUAUGUGUUACAUUUUUAUUGUUAUUCUUAUAAGAAAAAAACGUAAAUACUCAUAAAGAAUAACUGUUUCCUCAUACUAUAAGUUCACAUGCUCAUGUCGAAGCAUUCUGGAUCCAAUUACUCAACAAAUUUGUGAGCCUAUUUUUUUCUUUUUUCCAAUAUAUGAAUAUAUGCCUAAUCUAAAGAUUUGGAUUUUUGUGCGCAAAUUGAUGGCGAAGGCAUCAUUAAUUAUUUUCUCCAAUAAUAUUUUUUUAAUAUUAUAAUAUUUUAAUACAUACUCGUUACAUUUAGAAUUUAUCAUGGUUCUGCAUGACUUCAGUGCUUUACGAGACAAUAAAGUUUUCUAACAAAAGAAUUUCUCUUACGAAUGUGCUUUUGCUAUGUACCUUCUUACACCACAGAAUAUGCAUAUGUUUGCUAUCAAAUUGAGUAAGUUGAAAAUGUAACAAAGUAGAUGUAUAAACAAGCAAUGUCCAAAACCAGAAAUAAAUAUUUUUUAGUUUUCUUUACAUGAUACAUUUUAAAAAAAAAAAAUAAUCAUAGUCAUGUUAGGUUUGCAUUUUCUAUAUUCUUUUGGAUUAGCUGUAUAAUUUUGAAAUUAUAAAUAUUAGUUAACUUUCAAUUAUCAAGUGCUACCACUGCUCGGCCUCACGUCACAAUGUUUUUGUGUGACGUUACUUUUUCCGAGACGUUCGUCGAGCUCUCCAACGUCUAAUAAGGAAUUUAUGACUUUUGAACUGGAAUCAAGUAUUAGUUUUGUCAAUGAUUUUCGAGAAUCCUCCACCAGUUUCUCAAUACGACUGGAUGUUUUUUUACACCUGCGCCAUGUUCAGUGGCAUCUGCUUUCAUAACACACACGUUCAUAUCAUCUAACACCUGGAUUUUUUUGUUUGAACUACUGUUUCCAUAUUAAACUACAAAUCUGAAACAGAAAAAAAAUUUGCUGUUAUUGUACUUAUAACAAGGGACUGAAGAAAUAAAAAUUAACAAAAAUCAGUUAUCAGA